AUGUCAUGAAUAUUCAUGAGCCUCCGACUCUGCGUGUCGUUACGCGAUGACGCAACGCGACAACUGCGAGUCCCGAUUGCUGCAACUGCUUGUCAGUGUGACGAAGAUUGGCACUCAGAUCUGGGGCUUCGCCACGAUCCACGAUCCUAUGAUGUUUCACCUCCCACUGUGCCUGCAGUAACAGCGAUGGCAGCUCAGUCGGUGUCCAUGGAGGAGUACCAGGAGAUGAAACCCACUGUGCAGACGGACAGUGGUCAGGACCAGAGGUUUCCGGAAGUGAGUGGCGGGGUCACUGGCAGUCCCCCGCCUGUGGAGACGCAGACCUCUAUGGACGCCGACAAGGAGUCCAUUUACAGGCACCCUCUGUUCCCACUGCUAGCCCUCCUCUUUGAGAAGUGUGAACAGUCCACCCAGAGCUCAGAGUGUGUCACCUCUGCCAGCUUCGAUGUUGACAUCGAGAACUUUGUCCGCAGCCAAGAGAAAGAAGGCAAAGCUUUCUUCAGCGAUGACCCAGACCUUGACAACUUGAUGGUAAAGGCCAUCCAGGUGCUGCGUAUACACUUGCUGGAGCUGGAGAAGGUGAGCGACUUGUGCAAGGACUUCUGCAGCCGCUACAUUGCCUGCCUGAAGACCAAGAUGAACAGUGAGACUCUGCUGAGCGGGGACCCAGGCAGCCCCUACUCGCCCGUACAGACACAGACUUCCAGCUCGUUCACAGGGACCCUCAGCCCCCAAGGGAUUGUUGUGCCAGCAUCAGCCCUGCAGCAGGGCAACGUCACCGUGGCGACCGUCAACCCUACACAGAUGGUGGCAGGUGGCACUGUGUACCAGCCCGUCACCGUGGUUACACCCCAAGGACAGGUUGUGACACAGACUAUCUCACCAGGGACGAUACGCAUCCAGAACACACAGCUCCAGCUCCAGCUGAACCAAGACCUUAGCUUUUUUAACCAUGAUGAUGGUACGUCCAAGAACAAGCGGGGGGUCCUUCCGAAGCAGGCCACCAAUGUCAUGCGCUCCUGGCUCUUCCAGCACAUUGGGCACCCCUACCCCACAGAGGAUGAGAAGAAGCAGAUUGCCACUCAGACAAAUCUGACCCUGCUGCAGGUCAAUAACUGGUUCAUCAAUGCGCGGAGGCGGAUCCUGCAGCCCAUGCUGGACGCCAGCUCCUCAGAGACCCCCAAGACCAAGAAGAAGACACCGCAGAACCGGCCACUGCAGCGAUUCUGGCCAGAGUCCAUCGCAUCAGGCGUGUCCCAGCAGCAGGUCACCAUGGCUGACGGUACAAUGGUGACAGUGGGCAUGAGCGUGGAUGGGCUGCAGACUCUGUCGUCAGACGGCGCCACGUUGGCUGUGCAGCAGGUGAUGAUCGGGCCGCACAGUGAGGAUGAGUCCGGGGAGAGCGGAGACGAUGACGAUGCUGAUGGGGACAGAGACAGCGGCUUGUCACGGGCCAACAUGGCCAGCCUUGGGCUGGACACCAGCGACUCGCUGCAGUAGGAGCCAGGGCCUGGCCUAUGGGACAGGUGCACGUGUACCCACAUGCACACACAGACACACACGCACGCACACGUACAAACACCAACAUGAGGCACAACCCAACACAGCGGAGUGCAUGCUUGGAUCUGAAGGUGCUCACUAAUGUUUGUGGAUUGAACACAAAUGCAAGGACUAUAAUGUGCAGAGACACGCAGAUGGAAAGAGCAACUGGUGACUUGUGUCGAGGUCCCUGAGACAAACGGGACACAUCAGAUGGUUGGCCUAAUCCUAGUAAGCCCCCAUUUGCACUGGCACGCAAAAGCAUGUUAUUAAAACACGCCACAGACUCCACUUACACGCACACGUGUGUAUGGCACACACUGCGUGCUCCGAGUUUCGCUUUGGAAACCAUUUUAUACGUAGUUGUAGACGAGUGCACUUUUUGUAUUUUAUGGUAAGCUACAAACAAUUUCAAGAAAACAAAUGACGUGAUAAAUGCCCGCAAACACAUUUUUAAUGUACGCCAGUGACCACUGGACUGAUGUGUUUUUUCCAUCGCCCCUCUUUUGGGACAAGAGCUUAAAGAUUCUUUGAUGAUUUGCUUUUCUCAGCAUGCCUGUGUUUGACUAGUUGUGCACGCGUGGGAGGUCGUUUUCGGGACAUAAACCAGGGCUUGCCGCUGCUCGCAAAGCCAACAAGAUGAAUGGAAAAAGAAGUUAUUUUUCUACAUGAACAUAAAAAUGAUGGGUGUUUUUUUUUGUUCUUAAAGGAUGUCUAUGUAUAAAGAUUGAUUACUGAAAAGGCUGCCCUGUUUUUGGGGUCCUAUAACAUUGCUAAAAUAUAUUAAUGAAAGAACUGGUUUUAAUGAACUACAGAGAGGGCCUUAAUUUUUUUUUUUUUUAAAUUAACUUAGAAGCACGGAAAAGCCUAAACUGUAGCCAAACUAGACAUACAGUCCUCCUGAGUAUGAAUAUAGCAAAGGCAGUGAAAUGGCAAUUUUCUACAUUACAUUCUGUACCUGAGCAAUUCAGGUCAUCAAACCUGUAGAAGGACAAAGUGUCAAAUCCAUUACUGCGCUUGUAGAGAAGUCAGUUUCAUUGUUUAUUUUUUACCUAGUAUGUACUUGCAUUUGUAGUGUAGAUGUCAUUCUCUGUCAGUUGUAUUUUCCCAUAUACUUUGUACGAUGAACAGUAAAUACAGAAAAAGCCCAAACCUUGUCAAAAAGCACAAUUUGUGACCUGGAGACACAAGCAGCUCUGGCAGAAACUGCAGGAAGUGUACUGCGCACUGUUUUAUUUAUACACAAAGGCCAAAUCCAGGAAGGAGCUCAGGAGAGCCCCUUGCUGGAGAGGUUUGUUACUGCUCCACUCCUUAUGCCGCCUCCAUGUUGGGUGACUCCCAGCAUCUAGGACCUUGACCCUCACACACCCCACAGCUGGCUGCUCUCAUGCCCCAGCAAACUAUGGAAUCUCAUUAAGUAAGGAAGCUGAGAGCCCCGAGCUGUGGCUCUGUGGGGCUGCCAGCUUUGUGCAGCAUUACGGUUCCUUCCUCACUCGUUUUUUUGUUUGCUUUAGAGCUUUCUAUUUUGGAAUAAACUACGCCUAACCUCUGUG